UCUGAAAUGGCAGCAGAUAGAGCCGCGGACACGGGUCCCAUGAAAAAGUAAUGCAAUAAUGCAAAAAAAAGACGAAUGUAUGCAGAUUAUUCCAAACCAGAUUUCUGGCGGCGGAUAGAGCCGCGACACGGGUCUCAUAAAGAAGUAAUGCGAUAAUGCAAGAAAGCAAUUUGAACGAUCAUUUUUAGCUUGGAACUCACUAUAAAUCUCACCAAUUUGUUAACCACACCCUUAUCUGACAUUAGUUACUAAAACUACAUAACCCUAGAGACGGAAAAUGACUGCUGCAGGGUCUGAAUGUAUCCCAAUUGUGGUUCUGAGCUCCUCUGUUGGCCACCGUGGCAUGCCGGUUCUCGGCUUUGGAACGGCUUCCUUUAGGUCAGACUCAGAUCUUUUGAAAACUGCAGUCUUGGAGGCCAUCAAGCUUGGUUACCGCCAUUUCGAUACAGCUGCUAUAUAUGGGUCUGAACAGGCACUUGGGGAAGCCAUAGCCGAAGCUCUCAAACAGGGCCUUGUGGGUUCUCGGAACGAGCUCUUUAUCACUACCAAACUGUGGUGCAGUGAUGCCCAUCCCAGCCUUGUUAUCCCAGCUCUGAAGAAAUCCCUUCAGAAUCUUCAGCUGGAGUACCUAGAUCUCUAUCUUGUUCACUGGCCCUUCAGUGCCAAACCUGGAAAACUGGAAUACCCUAUAAAAGAGGAGGAUGUUAUGCCACUGGACUACAACUCUGUUUGGGCAGACAUGGAAGAAAGCCAGAGACUUGGGCUUACCAGAUCCAUUGGAGUCAGCAAUUUCACUAUGAAGAAGCUUCAAAACUUGCUCUCAUGCGCUAAAAUCCCACCUUCUGUGAAUCAGGUGGAGAUGAACCCAACAUGGCAGCAGAAGAAGCUCAUAGAUUUCUGCAAGACCAACAAUAUCAUAGUCACUGCCUACUCUCCACUGGGAGCCAAAGGCACAGCAUGGGGAUCCAAUAAUGUUAUGGACAACCAAGUUCUGGAUGACAUAGCAAAGGCUCACGGAAAAUCCGUUGCUCAGGUUUCUCUUAGAUGGAUAUAUCAGCAAGGAGCAACUUCAGUGCCCAAGAGCUACAGCAAGGAUAGGUUGAAAGAGAACUUGGAUAUCUUUGAUUGGGAACUUACACAAGAGGAUCUUCACAAGAUCAGUCAACUCCCACAGAAGAAAGUGAACCUUGAUGCUCUUGGAGAUGGAACUAAUCCCAAGUUUCUUGAAGAACUAUGGGACGGAGAGAUUUAGCCAGCUCAAUCUAGUGCAAAUAUAAACGCCUAUCAGGAUACCCUGCACUUUGUGCAUGUCGAUCCCCGAUAGGAUCACGAAUUUUAUUUCCGCCAUAACUAUGUAAGAUCUUUCUUAUGGUUGUUUUUAGUAUUUGGUUUGAUCAUGUACAUGUUUCAUUUUCUCUGUUUCUGUUCUGGGGCAUGAGUAAAAGUAUUGUUCUUUGGGGGAAAUUGCAUCUUGCUCUAUAAAAUAAAACACAUGCGGUUUGUAUAUGUCCCAAACUAUGAAGUUUAUCACUCUGUUCUAUCAAAGUUUUCUCUUGUUUAUCUGUA